UAUUCAACAUUUUCAUAAAACUAUGUCUAAGUACUGAUCUCAAAGUACAAUGGUUUUUGCUAGCUAGAUUUAAGCUUGAGAGAUGGCUGUAAGAAAUAAGCCAUUGCUUUUGUUAUUAUUCUUGCAUAUAUUGCUUAUAUCAGCCCAGAGUCAGGAUAUUGUAUAUUUAAAGGCUCUAAAGGAUAGUUUGCAGAACACACCACCCAAUUGGGUCGGCUCUGACCCAUGUGGCGAAAAAUGGGAUGGAAUUACAUGCACUGAUUCUCGUGUCACGUCGAUAACUUUAUCGAGUAUCAGUUUAAGUGGCGAGCUGUCUGGAGACAUUGUACAAUUAUCUGAAUUGCAAACCUUGGAUUUGUCUUACAAUAAGGGUCUGACAGGAUCUCUUACUCCAGAUAUUGGGAAUUUAAAAAAGUUAUCAAAUUUAAUCCUGGUGGGUUGCAGUUUCAAUGGUCCACUUCCAGACACGCUAGGAUCUCUAUCCCAGCUAGGCUACUUGUCUUUGAACUCUAACGGCUUCACUGGACGAAUUCCAGCAUCGUUGGGAAAACUUACUAAACUUUACUGGUUGGAUUUAGCCGAUAACGAGCUUAGUGGAACCAUACCAGUUUCUGAAGGAGCCACUCCAGGACUUGAUUUGCUGGUCAAUACAAAGCACUUUCACUUUGGAAAGAAUAAACUUUCGGGUGAAAUACCAGCUAAGCUCUUCAGUUCAGAAAUGACUCUUAUACAUGUGUUAUUUGAAGAGAAUCAGUUCACAGGCUAUAUUCCAUCGACAUUAGGAUUGGUAAAGAGUCUCGAGGUGUUACGGCUAGACAGGAAUUCAUUGAGUGGAAAUGUCCCAUCAAACAUCAACAAUCUUACAAAAAUCAGCCAGUUGUUUUUAUCCAACAACAAACUAAGUGGCCCAUUCCCAGAUCUUAGUGGCAUGUCACCGCUAAACUACUUGGACAUAAGCAAUAAUUCGUUCAAAGCAUCAGAUAUUCCUCCAUGGGUUACAUCCUUGAAGUCUUUAACGACACUUAUGAUGCAGGAUACAGGGCUUCACGGAGAAGUACCAGUUGGUUUGUUUAGCAUUCCACAAAUCGAGACUGUGGUUCUAAGAAAAAACCAGCUUAAUGGUACUCUGGAUUUUGGAAAUGCUUAUAGCACCCAUCUUCAGCUAAUCGAUAUAAGCAAUAACUUAAUUUCUGGCUUGACUCCUCAAAGCAGCAGUUACACUGACAAAUUGAUACUAGUCGAGAAUCCAAUUUGCACAGAGUCAGAAACAACAGCACCAUAUUGUGAUCCUUCCACAGAAGUCAACUCUUCAUAUUUAACUCCACCAAACAACUGCAAUGAUUCUACGACCUGCGGUUUGGGUCAAGUUUCGAGUCCAAGCUGUCAAUGUUCAUACCCAUAUACAGGAACCCUAUCUUUCAGAGCUCCUUCUUUUUCUGAUUUGGGAAACUUAACUAUCUAUACAUCCCUUCAGGAUUCCAUGAUGGUUUGUUUUGAAUCUAAGAAGCUCCCUGUUGACUCGGUUUCUCUUAGUAAGCCUAUGAAGAACUCGGAUGACUACCUCGAAAUAAAUCUAGAGAUUUUCCCUUCUGGAAGUGAACGUUUCAAUAGGUCAGGAAUUUCGCGGAUUGGAUUUGUUCUUAGCAAUCAAACGUAUAAACCUCCACACUUCUUUGGACCAUACUUUUUCAUUGGCAACAACUAUGAUUUCUUUUCAGAAGCACCGAAAGGAAAACACAAAUCAAUUAGCAUUGGAGUUAUCAUUGGAGUAUCAGUUGGUGGUUGUGUUCUAGUGUUGUUACUUGUCAUUGCUGGACUUUAUGCUUUCCGUCAGAAAGGAAGAGCUGAAAGAGCUACAAAAAAGAACAGUCCUUUUGCUUCUUGGGACCCAGAUAAAGGCAGUGGUGGUUGUCCUGAACUGAAAGGGGCAAAAUCUUUCACAUUUGAUGAGAUUAAGACAUGCACAAAUAAUUUCACAGCAACAGCCCAUAUUGGUGCUGGUGGAUACGGGAUGGUCUAUAGAGGAAGUCUUCCAAAUGGAAAAUUGGUUGCUGUUAAAAGAGCUCAACAAGGUUCAACGCAGGGUGGUCUUGAGUUCAAAACUGAGAUUGAGCUUCUUUCAAGAGUUCAUCACAAAAAUGUUGUCAGUCUUGUGGGAUUCUGUUUUGAUGCAGGUGAACAAAUGCUCGUCUAUGAGUAUAUUGUAAAUGGUACUCUCAAGGAUAGUCUUUCAGGAAGGUCAGGGAUCAGGCUAGAUUGGAUGAGAAGACUUAAAAUAAUACUUGGAGCAGCAAGAGGCUUGCAGUAUCUGCAUGAUCUUGCUGAUCCUCCUAUCAUACAUAGGGACAUCAAGACAACUAAUAUCUUACUUGAUGAACGUUUGAAUGCCAAAGUUGCUGAUUUCGGUCUUUCUAAGCCCCUCAGUGAUGCAGAGCGUACACACGUUACCACUCAAGUGAAGGGGACAAUGGGAUACAUGGAUCCUGAAUACUACAUGACUCAACAACUGACAGAAAAAAGCGACGUUUAUAGUUUUGGAAUAGUAAUGCUAGAGUUGAUAACAGCAAGAAAUCCUAUUGAGAAAGGCAAGUACAUUGUGAGGGUGGUAAAGGAAUCAAUGGACAAGGAAAAAGACUUAUAUAACCUGCGUGAGGUUUUGGACCCGACCAUUGGUUUAAGUACAGAACUACAAGGGUUAGAAAGAUUUGUGGAUAUUGCAUUGAGGUGUGUAGAAGAAACAGGAAACAAAAGGCCAAGAAUGAGUGAAGUUGUGAAAGAGAUAGAAAAUAUUAUGGAGUUGGCAGGUAUUAAUCCGAAUGCUGAAUCUGCAUCAACUUCAGAAACUUAUAAUAGCAACAGUAAGGGGAAUGAUCAUCCUUACUUGAAAGAUAGCCUCUUUGAGUAUAGUGGGGGUCAUCUAGAUUCAAGUUUGGAGGCUAAAUGAUAGCAAAUCUCGACGGAUUUACAAAUGAAUGUGUUGAUUUGGGUUACGUUUUUGUCCCUAGAACUAGAAGAUCAAACUGGCAAAUAAGUCGUUUAAAUGUAUGUUUGAUGCAUACAACCUCAUAAAUCGCUCUUAUAUGUAAAAGGAAAGUGUGUUUUGUAGUAGUGUAAUUUAUGUAUAUUUUCAAGCACCAAGCAUUUGUGUAAAUUUUUGAAAAUGGAGACAAAAAUGUUUGCGGAUUAACCCAA